AUGAGCGAAAUAAGCGAGUUGCAGAUCAUUCCAUAUACCUCUAAAGAUUAUUACGCUUCCAAAAACCAACAAAAAAAAAGAGAACCAAGUAUGUUUAUGUCCUUUCGCAAGGAAAAGAUGAAGAGCAAGCCUACAGAUAUUUCAUUUGCCGAUUAUUUUGACGAGGUGACCAAUUUAUGGAAAUGUAUGUCGGAGGUCGAAAGAUCUGAAUGGCAAAAGAACUACAAUAAUAAUCAGGACAAAAAGUUACGCAAAGAUCAUAAAAUUGAAAAUCGUUUUUGUCGUGGAAAAUCCACUAAAACAAAAACAAAAACAAGAACCAACAAAAUUUCCAUCAAAGAUAACAGCAAUGGUAAAUUAAUCAUUAGACGUGGAACUUUUGGUUCUACUAAUAGAACUACGGGGGAUAUUAACAUUCAUGAGAAAUACGUAUUUCCGGACAAAUUUAUUUCUGUUCCCGAUUUAGUUGUUGGAAUUGCAUCAACAAGCGGUGGAGUUAAUGAUGAUUUAAACGUAAAGCUUCAUAAAUUGGAAAUAGGACGCAAUUUCAAAUGA